GUGAAACCACUAAAGGAAGCAGCCUGUUGCUCUGGUCUGAGCUUGACAGCGGUGUGUUCGGUUUCGUCAGGGUCAGAAUCCUGAGAAUAAAAAGCGGAGUGUGAGCUCAGUGUUCAGUCUGAAGAUGGAGACGAAGGAGGAGAGCGUCACAGUGAAGAGGGGCAGCACGGAGCAGAGGAAGCUGCGCUCUCGUGAUGCAGCCAGAUGUCGCCGCAGUCAGGAGACCGAGGUGUUCUACGAGCUGGCCCGCUCUCUGCCGCUCCCCCGCAGGGUGUCCACCCACCUGGACAAGGCAGCCAUCAUGAGGGUCGCCCUCAGCUUCCUGCGCAUGCACGGCCUCCUGCGACCCGGUGAGAAUCAGAAAGAGGAGCCUGAAGAGGAAGAGAGCGACGACAGGGAGGAAGAGGAGGAAGAGGAGGAAGAGGAGGAAGAUCCAAUGGACGCUUUCUAUCCUCAGACGUUGGCUGGUUUCAUCAUGGUGAUGACGGAGGAAGGGGACAUGAUCUACUUGACAGAGAACGUCAGCAAACACAUCGGCAUCACACAGCUGGAGCUGCUGGGUCAGAGUGUUUAUGACUUAGUUCAUCCGUGUGACCAGGAGGAGCUCAGAGAUCUGCUGGGUCCACGUCCAGGUUCAAAUAAGAAAGAACAGAAACAUCACAGCGAGAGAAACUUCUUCCUGCGAAUGAAAAGCACACUGACCAGCAGGGGGCGCACAGUCAACAUCAAGUCUGCCACAUGGAAGGUUCUUCACUGCACAGGUCACAUGGGUCCACAUGGUGGCAGCUCCACGUCGCCCCCUGCAGCCAGAGUGAUGACCCUGCUGUGUGAGCCCAUCCCUCACCCAUCCAGCGUGGACUUCCCUCUGGACACGUGCACCUUCCUCACCCGCCACAGCAUGGACCUGCGCUUCACUCACUGCGAGGGCAGGGUUACAGAGUUGACGGGAUACAAACCUGAAGAUCUGAUUGGCCGCUCGGCCUACGAGUUCCAUCACGCGCUCGACUCCGAUCACGUGACCAAAAGCCUGCACACAUUGUUGCUCAAAGGUCAGGUCAGCACCAGUCACUACCGCUUCCUGGCAAACAGCGGCGGCUUCGUCUGGGCCGAGACUCAGGCGACUGUUCUCUACAGCGGCAAGACGUCGCAGCCAGAGGCCGUCGUCUGCCUCAACUUCAUCCUCAGUUCUGUGGAGCAGCCAGACGUCAUCUUCUCCUCUGAGCAGACACGUUCUGGUCUGCAGCCCGAAGCGGAGCCCGACUCACCGCCGCUCACACCAGAGGAUUGUGGGACGCCCGACGUCUGUGACACUGACGUUCAAAAUCGAACCAACUGCAGUGAGGCUGAGGACACAGGUUCGAAUCCCAGCAGUGCUAUGGAGCUGUUCUUAAAACCGCAGGAGAAGCCAGAGGAGCCGCUCCAGACGAGUGAGGACGACACAGACGCCGUCGCACCACUGACGGGAGGUUUUGUGGAGCUGUCGUUCGUCAGCCCGCUCAGCCCGGACCUGCUGCCCGACCACCCUCAGGAUCUGUGCACGCCGGAGCUGAGACAGCUCCUCACACCCAUCUUCAACCCCAUCACACCUCCCUCCUCAUCAUCACCAGCCUCCUCACUGGAUGUGAGUCUCAGUGAGGACGAGGUGAUGGAUGCGAGCGAGGUGCAGAGGUUCUUUGCCAUUUGGCCGGACAAUGGUCAAAAGAAAGAAAAGACAGUGGAGAACAUGGAGGGGAUGGAUCUGGACAUGUUGGCUCCGUACAUCUCGAUGGACGAUGACUUCCAGCUGAGCGUCUCCAGUGGUUUGACGGAGGAAGUCGAUGAACCUUCAGCUGUGACUCCUGCAGCCUCACUCAGAAGGAAACGGACCCAUAACCGAGGGGAGGAGCUUCUGUCUCAGCUGAGGAUUCAGGACAAGAGACAGAAACAAACUGCUCCGUCAACUGAAGAGGAACUUUUCCUCAGUCACAGAUUACUGGACUGUCUGGACCAAUCAGAUCUGAGCUUGGACCUGGGCCCAGGAGCUCGGAGUCCGCUCCUCACAGACAGAGACCCUGUCUUAGGAGGCGUUCAGGGGCUUUGUGAAACUGAAGCUCUGAUGAGGGACAUAUUCGAACCUCGCCCUCCCGACCUGUCGCCCUUGACCUGAUGGAGCUCCCUGACAGUUUGGACCCGGGAUCCACAGUGGCCCACAUAGCCCACAUAUACAAACACAACAGACCACAAACAUGCACGCACCAGAACAUCCACUCACGUACGCUGCAGCCCUCUGCUGGAGGGUUGACCAGACGCCAUCGCUCGCAGCUCAAACAGGAAACGGCUCUAAUGUGUUUCCUUAUUGUUCUCUGACUGUGGAGCGAGAGCCAAUCACACGCUGGAGAUCAGGUGUGUGUGAGUCCACCUUUUGAAUCUGAGCGUUUUCCAUCUACUUUAAUGUUUAUCAUUGAUUUCAUGUGAGAAAUCAUCAAGGGUCAAUCUCUCUUAUGGCCAGCAGGUGGUGCUAAAACCUUUCAGUCAGAGGAUGUGAUGAGAAUCUGGGAACAUGUUUUUCUAUGCAGCUAAAUUUAGUGUAACUUUAAACUUUCAAUGUCAGAAAUCAUCAUUUGAAUACGUGCAGCAACUCCCAUGAUGCUCGGCUUUGUCAACCUAUCUUUCGUUCAAACAUUCGCUCACUGACGUUUUCUCCGAAACAAUCACAACAAACAAACAAGCGAGUUUCAGUGGCAUCGUUUAUCUCAGUGGUUUAUUUUUACAUCUUUUUUAUAAACUCAUGCUUAAUCUUCAUUUUCUUCAUUGAUGCAUUUACUGUAAAGCGUUUUCAUCUGUGGCUUUUAACACUGUGUUUUGUGAAAGGAGUCGGUCGCCUGUAUGUCAGUCGGGUGUGCGUUUGUCCUCUGAUGAUGUCGGGGGGGUUAUCUCAUAUCAAACACUCCUGUUCGUUAACAUGAGGCGAGCGCUCUCAGAGGAAGAUCAGUAAACUUCACCUGUGACCUCUGUGGUAAACCCACGUGACCUUGUGGCAUCAAACAUGCAGCAUGUCGCUCUCUGCAGAUUUGAUUCUGCUUUUCUCAUAUUAGAACAUUUAUAACCUGAUUAACUGUCAGUGAGACAAACAGUAGAGUUCAUAUUCUGAUUAAACUCUAGUCCUCUCUAUUUUAUCAUCUAUACGUUUGAAUUUUACGACUUUUAACAAACUGUGCCUCGAGUCAUAUCAGCUGAACGUAGUGUUUUUGUUUCUACACUGAAAUGUGGAGGAUUGUUGUUUUGGCUUCAAACUCUAAAUAAAGCUUCAAACAGCAAAAUGUCCAAAUUC